UGCUGGCGCGUGCAUAUCAAGAUUUUUUAAUAUUCCCUGAAAAUGUAAUGAGCGAAAAUGGUGACAAAUUUCGAUCAGAUUAUAUGGAAUUGUAAAACAGGCAGGGACAUGUCUACCACACACAGGCAUCGCUACAAAAAUGCAGGCUUGGACUCAAGCGAAAUGCGUAGGCGUCGAGAGGAAGAGGGUAUACAGAUACGGAAACAGAAACGGGAGCAACAAUUAACAAAAAGACGCAACGUAAUUUUUGAUUCGUCAAGUGGUAAUGCCAAUCACGUGGAUAAUGACAUAAUGCAGGAGUCGGAAAUGCAACAGUUACCAACGGAAAUUACACAACCUGCAGAUUCGUUCAAUCUAUCAACCCAACAACAAAAUUUAAUGAAUCAACAUCACCUCCAACAACAACCACAGCCGUUUCAUAUGAAUUCAAGUCUACCAUCCCAAACAAUGCCCAAUCAACAGUAUCCGAACAGUCACCAGAUAAACUCCAGCGACACUAACACAAUAAUUAGUAAAGAAAUGAUCGACCAAUUAUAUAGCGACAUGGAAAGCUUUCAACUGGAAGCUACGCAAAAAUUUCGCAAGCUGUUGUCUCGUGACCCAAAUCCGCCAAUUGAAGAAGUCAUACAAAAAGGAAUCGUACCACGUUUUGUGCACUUUCUGAAAAAUAACUCUAAUGCUUCUUUACAAUUUGAAGCUGCUUGGACACUGACAAAUAUAGCAUCAGGUACAUCACAACAAACGAAAAUUGUCAUAGAAGCGGGCGCAGUGCCUAUAUUUAUUGAAUUACUUUCCAGUCCGCACGACGAAGUGCAAGAACAAGCUGUAUGGGCUUUAGGUAACAUAGCUGGGGACUCCCCAGCUUGUAGAGAUCAUUUAUUAAAUCUGGGUAUAAUGAAGCCGUUGCUGCACGUCCUGAGUAAUACUGAAAGUUUAACAAUGAUACGGAAUGCGGUAUGGACUUUGUCAAAUCUUUGUCGCGGUAAAAAUCCUUCUGCUGAUUUUUCUAAAAUUGUUCACGGUCUGCCGAUAUUGGCUCGUCUACUUAAUCAUACUGAUACCGAUGUAUUAAGUGAUACUUGUUGGGCUAUAAGCUACCUCUCCGAUGGACCUAACGAUAAAAUACAAGCGGUUAUAGACGCUGGAGUUUGUCGCCGUUUGGUUGAAUUGCUUAUGCAUUCCCAAAAUAAUGUAGUAACCGCUGCUUUACGUGCUGUAGGCAAUAUUGUUACCGGCGAUGAUGUUCAGACGCAAGUUAUACUCAAUUGCAACGCUUUACCGUGCAUUAGCAAUUUGCUGACUUCUCCGAUGGAUACAAUUAAAAAAGAGGCUUGUUGGACGAUUUCGAAUAUUGCGGCGGGUAAUCGGCAACAAAUUCAAGCUGUUAUUGACGCGAAUAUUUUUCCAAUUUUAAUAAAAAUUAUGCAAUCUUCCGAUUUUAAAACGAAAAAAGAAGCUGCCUGGGCCAUAACCAAUGCUACAAGCAGUGGAACAGCCGAGCAAAUUAGAUAUCUGGUUCACGUUGGUUGUAUACCACGUAUGUGCGAAUUUUUAACGGUGGUCGAUUCUGAUAUCGUUCAAGUGGCUUUAAAUGCGUUAGAAAACAUUUUAAAGGCUGGUGAAAAAUUCUCUGCCCGACCAAAUCCUUAUGCGAUGACUAUCGAAGAAUGUGGUGGUUUGGAUAAGAUUGAAUAUUUACAGUCGCAUGAAAAUCGCGAUAUUUAUCAUAAAUCAUUUUACAUUAUCGAACAAUAUUUUGGUAAUGAAGAAGAGGAUUCCCGUGUAGCACCUUCGGUAGACGGAAAUCAAUACGCGUUCAAUACUGAUGUCGGAACUCCGCAGGGCGGUUUCAAUUUUUAGCCAUUUUUUAUAUAAACA